AUGACUAUAUCUCCCCAACCACCUCAUCAACAAUUCGAGAGUUAUCAAUGGACUACUGAAAGUCGCAGUAGUCAACAAAGAAAUGGAACAAUGACACCAUCUCAAGACGGGCGGCUCUCCGCUAUCCCGGAUCCCGUCGAGCGACACGUGGCAAGAUGGAGAAGUGAGAGUAGGAACUCCAAUAAGGACAAAGUGUUCCGUAACGAUGAGGAGUUCAGUCAACAAGACGAAAUUGUCAACGGAACAUUGACCGCUUUGAAAAAUGAUGUGGAACAAACGACCGAAAUCAUUCGUCGCAAGCAAGAACAAAUGAGAAUGGAACGUCGUCAAUUCCAAACUGAAAUGGAAGUCAAUGGAAGAAUCACAAUUGAUCCAACUGACGAUUGGUUGGCUGCAAGACUCAAAGCUGUCAGUGCAGAUGAUAUGAACAGACAAUUAGACACCUUGAAACAGAAUCAGAGACAAAACGCUGUGACUGACACUCUCGCUGCACUUGUCUACGACGUGAAUGCCACUACUGAAGUGCUCCGUCGUGGACAACGUGGACGGGAUGGGGAGGAUGGAAGUAAGAAGAGAAAAGAAGAGAUUGAGUACACACUGAGACUCACACCUGCUCCUGAGGAACAGAUCCCACAAAGGCCAAAAAUUCCAGAAGAUGACCAUCUUGAGAAGGACGAUUACUCCCGUGACUACGGUCUCCAGAUGACCGAAGAGACCGACAGUCUCCGUCGUCGUCGUGCCAGAAGUACAACUCCACGUAGAACAUUACACAUCUCUGGAUCUCCUCCACCACCACCAGCCGCAGUCUGUGCUUACUGUAGUGAAGAAAUCGAUGGAGCAAUUCUGACUGCAUUGGCACCGAACUCGGAAAGAGCUCAAAAGUUCCAUACGUAUCAUUUCAUGUGCACAUACUGUCAGAAAGCAUUGAACAUGCAUGGAACAUUCCGUGAACACGAUCGUAAACCAUAUUGUCAUGAUUGCUUUUACAAGUUAUAUAACGGAUUGCAAUACGCUCCAGAUGAUCAUCAAGCUUCUAUCGAAAAACUCAUUUAA